AUACUCAUUUUCUCUCUUCCUCUGUGUCUAAAUAAACUUUUUGAUUUUUUGGUGAAUAAAAGUUUCUAUUCAAACGAUCAAAUUGUUCAUUUUGAACUGACAUCAUUCAAAAUUCGAAUAUGUGCAUAAUUUGUGGCUCCACGGAAGCCGAACUUCAUUUUGGAGGGAUUUCAUGUAGAGCAUGCGCCGCAUUUUUUCGCCGAUAUCAUUUUGCAAAACGAAGUGAUAUAUUAUGUACUUGUAAGACAAGAAUAUCAUCGUCCCAUCCGUGUAGAAAAUGUCGAAUUGAAAAGUGUAAAGAAGCAGGACUCACUAUUGAAAAAAUUCAGGUGGGCCGAGACAAGCAUUCGAAUACGCUGGAAUUAUCAAAAAAUCGGCAGUCUUUGCUAGCAGCUCGUGUUGUUUUUCGUGAAACAUGGAAUAUACAUUGUGCAGUCUUCAACUGGAAACAGUUCGAAGUGACGCGAAAUGAGGUGAACAAUGGGGUUUUCGAUGAGUUGAACGUUUUUGAGCUCUCAUGCUCUGUGAGCAAGGAUAUCGAUUUAACAUGGAAAAUGAUUUAUAAACUUUUCCCAUCAACAGGGAAAUUAAAGAAAAGUGAUAAGAUAGCUCUAUUGCGGAAUUUUAUCCCAAAAUUAUGGCAAAUUGAUCCAUUAUUGAAUUAUAUACGGAAUUUCAAGAAGUACGAGGCGAUGGAGCAACCGGAUUUGGAGCAAAUAAUAAUCAAUUUUUAUAAAGGAGCUAUGCCGGAGAAGGGGAGUAUGACCGAUUCGGAAAUAGUUAGGAUCUUCAAGCCAUUUUGGAGUUUCUAUUUUCAUAAUAUGAUACAGCCAAUAAUUUUCAUGAAACUAAAGGAACAAGAAUUUAUGGCAAUCAUUUGGCUGAUGUUUUUUGAUAAUGGAUAUUCAAACAUAUCUGAUGAAUGUCUUGAAAUGUGUUGGAACAUCAGAAAAGUGAUAUUGCGGGAGCUUAGAAACUAUCAAAUUGAUGGAAAUUGCGAAGAAAGUAGACUUUUUGAAACUUUGGAAUCGUUGGAAUAUAUCGAAAAAGGAGAGAGAAAGUUGAUGGAGGAGAUGCUGAUUUGCGAAAUUAAUGACUUACGCAUUCAUGACGAUUUUCGAGAGAUACUCAAAGAAUCUAAACUUUAAUUUAUUUUAUUUCAUUGAAUUUCAACCAAACGGGUAUUGUAUUUUAAAGAAUUUGGAUCUCAUAAAUAUUUUAUA